AUGUAAAGAGAAAUUACAAAAUCCAUGGAGGUUAAAAAACUAGAUACAGGUAGUAAAGUAGAGAAGGUGAAGAAAAAUUAACAUAGCUGACUGUCUGAUGUUGGAUCGUAGUUGUGAAAAUUGAAAUAGUUGAAGUUACGUCUCAACUAGAUUUGUUGAGAGAGAGAGGCGCAGAGAGAAGGGAAAAGAAGUCAGUCACGAUGCUAUUCCGAAUAUCUCUGCGAAACCCAUUUCUCCUGGCCUUGAUUUCUCUGCAUCUGCAACUCCUUUCGGAAAAAAGCAGGAGUGAUUCCCUGCCUCUAAUAUCGGUGGCUAAUGAAAAUUGUGUCCUUGAAGGCCUAGACAACAACCCUUCAGAUGCCAAACAUGAGAAUGAAGAUGUGAAUCAUCAUGCUUCAAGAAGCUCUGUGGGGCUCAGGAUAAUUAUAAUAUGCCUUGGAAUGGUGACUGUCAUAGCAUUCUGUGUUUUUCUUUUCAAAUUAUGGCAAAGGAAGAAGAGAGAAGAGCAGCAUGCUCGUCUUCUGAAGCUGUUUGAAGAAGAUGAUGAACUUGAGGUGGAACUUGGUAUGCGGGAUUGACAAUUUAUCCCCCUCCUUCUUUAUAGAAAACUUCAUUUUCAUGUCAACAAGGCUGUGAUCUUUAUCAUUCAAAUCUGGCAUGGGUCAUUUUGGAAAGUUAAAAUGAGGCAUUUGCCUGUCACCAGUUUGGUAGUCUCCUGGUUUAGCCGGAGAGGAUGUAGGGUUCAAUUCUUGUCUUCUCACUUGACUUGAGCAAGAUGAAGCAGGUUUAUAUUUUAUUCUUAUAUACUUAUUUGUAAAUCAUAUAUAUUGGUUCUAGUUGAUGUUAAUUAAUAAAAUAAUUAUUUGAUGUGAGUAUCCAGUUUGAACUUUA